AGCUACGGUCGUACGGAUCGCGAGGUCUUGUGCUUGUCGUACCUGAAUACUACAGUCGUCCCUUGACAUCAACCUGCAUCGGAACCCUAAACGGAAAGCAAAGAAAACAAAGUACGAAGCCUACGGCGACGAAGGAUACCACAAGCCCAGAAUCCGAGACUGUCAGACCUGCCGAAUGUCAUUCCACAGACUUGGCGUUGGUCCGUGAGCCUUCGGUCAUUCGGAUUCCGGCCAGUAUGGUCCGUCACGGACGCGACCAAUGAGCCGGGUAGGGAAACCGACCGGUGUCUGGGAACCAUCACCACCACCACCGCCAAUCAAACCACACCAAUCAAUAACGCACACACGGACGAACUUAACCGGAAGGGGAGCAAGCGACUGUAACAUCGCCGGCCGUAUACCACCAACCGAUCGACGGCGGAACCGAACCCGUGCCAUGCGACAGUCCGCGCUGUGUCUAUUGGUGGCUGCUGCCGCCGCCAGUGGUUGGAUAGUCAGUGAGGCCUACGGCCAAUUCCUCGAAGAGGGUGAUAAGUGUGAGCUGCGCGACGGGUCGGCCGGUGUCUGCACCGUGUCCACCAACUGCCCAUGGUUCCUGGAGGUGAUCUUGACGAACAAGCGCUUCGGCGAGCGGGUGUCAUGUGGGUUCGACGGCUUGACGGAGGUGAUCUGCUGCAAGAUGAACCGCACGGACGUGGGCACGGGCGUCCGGUCACGGCUAGCCUGCGACCAGGUGCCCAACUACACAUCCCGUCUCACCUUCCACAUCAUCGACGGCGAGGAGGCACUCGACGGUGAAUUCCCGUUCAUGGCUGCGCUCGGCUACCCGACCGACGAGCCGUCCGUCAACGUGAGCUACCGGUGCGGGGCGAGCCUGAUCGCGCCCGACUUCCUGCUCACGGCGGCCCACUGCAUCCCGGUCAGCGAUCGGCCGACAGUGGCGAUCCUCGGCACCAACAACCUCGCCCCGGGCAACCACGGCGUCGUCGUCCGGUUAAAGGCUUUCUUUCCGCAUCCGGAGUAUCGAUCAAACCGGAACUACCACGACAUUGCGCUCGUGCAGCUCGAGCGACGCAUCGAGAACGAGCCGGACGUGAACGCGAUCUGCCUGUACGACGAUCGGCUGGAUCUCCCCCCGGAGACGGUGCUGACUGCCGAAGGGUACGGUAUCAUCGAUCUAGACCGCAACCUGCGCUCCAACCAGCUGAUGAAGGUGAACCUCACGACGGUGGCGUGGCUCAAGUGCAACCAGAGCUUCGCCGACAGCAACCUGCUGAAGAACAACCGGAAGCUGCCGCAGGGGAUCGUCGACACGCAGUACUGUGCGACGGGGCGCGAGAACGAGGACACGAAGAUUGUGGGCGAUACGUGCCAGGGCGACUCCGGCGGGCCGAUGCAGAUCCUGGUCGACGGCAAGUACAAGCUCGUCGGUGUCACGUCCUUCGGUAACGGGUGCGGCAGCAGCACGCCCAACGUCUCGACACGGGUCGCCGCCUACAUCGAGUGGAUCGAAAGUAUCGUGUGGGCGUGAAUCCUUUUACCGGGGCUCACAACCAGCAAUAGUAGUACCGCAUAGCUAAGAGAGCUUGGGUAAUAAAAGGUGAUCCAACCUGAUCUGAUU